CCGCUCUGUGGACAACGAGUCCCAUUGUUAGGGCGGGGAUACAAGCAUCCCGUCAUUGUAUCCAGUAUCUCUGGUACCGUAAUUCAAAGAACAGAGCGCACAACUUUUUAUUUUGCAACACCAUUUGCGCUAUGACGCUAACCAAUAAUAUACUUUCUCUACAGUGUAAACGGAAGGAAACAAUGACGAAGAACAAUUUCCACCUUGGCGUUUUUAUUGUUGUUAUUUUGACGUUUAUUAACAUCAAGUUAAUUUAAAAUAUGAUUAAUUUAACUGCACAGCAUCACAUAUUUACCCUAUGCAGUCUUUAAUUCUCGUUGGAGACAGGACUUGGUUGAUAGACGUUAUCUAGGUAACGCUAGCUAGCUAACUAACAAUGGCUAACUGUAUGGUGUUUCACACUCAAAUAGUCUCCAUCAUGGAGGUGCUAGCGAAUUCAGCCGUGGCAGAGAUCAGUAAACUCGUAGACGAUGACUAUGCAGUGUUUCGUUUGGAAAUAACUCAAAGCCAGAAAGAAAACAGGGCAUUACGGAGGAAACUACAGCUACUGGAACUGAAGGCAGCACGGGAGCGCGCAGAGAGGACAAUGCGAGAGCGAUACAGAGGAAUGGCAAGAGGUGAAGGGCAUCUCACUGGAGGCCACAGGAACAUUGUAAAGCCAGCGGGACACAAUGGGUGGAGAAAUGACCAACCCAUAGCUAUAGAUGAGGGGAAUGAACCCUCAACCCAGCAUGCUAUCGUGAUAGAGUCUGUAGAUGCAGAGGCUGCAGGUCCUGGGGUCAAGCAGGAGCGUACUGAAGGAGAGGAGGACCCACAACACAGCAGAGACAUCCAGACUGGAGCAGCGGCUGGAGUGGCGCACCCUGUAGCCUCAGAGGACCUGGCCACCGCUCUGAAUGUCAAUCUCAAGUCAGAGACAGACACUGAUACUUUAAAUGUAACACACCGGCUCUUACACACAGGGUCUGACCACAGAUCAGACCCAGAGGGGCUGGGUAGACUGGGCUGUCCUCCUGCUCCUGGCUCAGAUUACUUACCGGUAUUUCAUCAGAGCCAGAGGACGGUUCAUUCCCUUGGAGAUGGUGACGUGCUAGACACUGGGGUUGAUGAUCUCUCCUGUUCUUAUGAUACAGAGAUGGACCCUGGCAACAUGUCCUUGGGUUUAGAGACACAGACUGAUCUGUCUAGAGAAGACUGGAACCGGUACAGUUGUAGUGUAUAUUCUGAAAGGUGUCUAGAUAGGAAAGGGGAGGUUAUUGUGGUAGAUGAGGUGACUGUGAAAGUGGAGGGCGAUGCUCCUCCUGCACGGAAUGCAGAUAGUCACCUAGGAGAUGGACACUCACAGAGCAGAGAUUUCUUAGAUUACAGGGGAAGCUUGGAGACAAAUCUAAAUGUCACAACCAAUUCUCCUUUACACGCGUUCAAGGAUCGCGACCCAGUGUCCACGUCGAUGGGGCCUUCCGGUUCACACCAUUUCGAUCAGGUAUUGAACUCAAACAACAGGGCUGGAGCCCAGGUUCAGGGAGGGAGAGGCACAUCAGGCAAUGGUAAAGAGAAACGGUUCCUCUGCAUGUUCUGUAACAAAGGCUUCAGGUGCCUCCAGAAGGUGGAGAUCCACCAGAGGGUCCACACAGGGGAGAACCCCUUCAGUUGUACCCAGUGUGAGAAGAGAUUCUCCCGCCAGGACCACCUGAAGAGGCACCAGAUGGUCCACACAGGGGAGAAACCCUUCAGCUGCCCCCAGUGUGAGAAGAGGUUCUCCCGCCAAGACCAGCUGAAGAUGCACCUGAAGGUCCACACGGGAGAGAGGCCAUUCUCCUGUACGCACUGUGGGAAGAGGUUUUCAGAGAGGAGCUACCUCAGGACACACCAGCAGAAAAUGCACACGGCCCUUGUAUAGAGUAUGGUGACAUGUAAUCAGGAUGAAAGUAAGGUGGUCCUGGUGGCGUCCCGGCAAAAUAAAUAGUGGGGGUACGCCGUACCGGUAAAACAUGAGCCAAUCACAAUAAUGCAAGCAAAAUGUCAAGAAAACUGUAGGCUAUUACACCAUUAUUUUUCAUUAGGCUACGGCAUAGUUGAGGCAUGAACAAUUUGCGAAUGGACUUGAAAACCAGUGGUAUAACUUCUCCAAAAUUCGACGUGGUUAGACGGGAACACUGACAUUUUUCCAAUGCAGUGAUGAAUGGCUGACAGAGACACGUGGACAGCAGUGGAUGUAUAAAUUCUGGCCUAAUGAAAAAUCGUCAAAAUGUCAUUAGACUUUGUGGUGUUUUGUGUGACAGACGUCUCUUUCCGUUUCCAUGUUUGGGGGCUGGAAAUACAAUGCAUUCAGAAAGUAUUCAUAGCCCUUGACUUAUUCCACAUUUUGUCAUGUUACAGCCUGAAUUCAAAAGGUAUUCAAUAUAUUUUUUUCUCUCAUUCAUCUAAACAUGUUUUUAGAAAUGUUAACUGUAUUUAAUUUAAGAAAUGUGCUAUCUAAUUUACAUAUGUAUUCACAAUCCUGAGUCAAUACAUGUUGGAAUCACCUUUGACAGUGUUUACAGCUGUUAUGUCUUUCUGGCUAAGUCUCUUAAGAGCAUUGCACACCUGGAUUGUCCAAUAUUUGCACACGAUUGUUUCAAUUCUUCAAGCUCUGUCAAGUUGGUUGUUGAUCAUUGCUAGACAGCCAUUUAAGUAUUGCCAUAGAUUUAAGCUGCUUUAAGUCAAAACAUUUAACGUCAUCUUGGUAAGCGACUCCAGUGUAUAUUUGGCCUUGUUUUAGGUUAUUGUCCUGCUGAAAGGUGAAUUAAUUUCCCAAUGUCUGGUGGAAAGCAUACUGAACCAGGUUUUCCUCUAGGGUUGUGCCUGUGCUUAUCUCCAUUCCGUUAACUUUUUAUCCUGAAAACCCCCACAUUCCUUAACGAUUACAAGCAUGCCUAUAACAUGAUGCAGCCACCACUAUGCUUGAAAAGAUGGAGAGUGGUACUCAGUAAUGUGUUGAAUUGGAUUUGCCCCGAACAUACACUUUUUUUGCCCUGAAUACAGUGUUAUUGCUUUGCCACAUUUUUUACAGUAUUACUUUAGUGCCUUGUUGCAAACGGGAUGCAUGUAUUGGAAUAUUGUUAUUCUGUAGAGGCUUCCUUAUUUUAACUCUGUCAAUUAGGAUAGUACUGUGGAGUAACUCUAAUUUUCUUGAGCCAUCCUCAGUUUUCUCCUCUCACAGCCAUUAAACUCUAACUAUUUUUAAGUCA